AUGCCCUUCGGCUUUAAGAAUGCCGGGUCGACUUAUCAAAGGAUGAUGACUAGGAUGUUUGAACAGCAGAUGGGUAAGAGCGUUGAAGUGUAUAUAGAUGACAUGGUGGUAAAAAGCAAAUUGGUGGCCGACCACAUCAGAAACCUUGGCGAAGUCUUUCAAAUUCUGAGAAAGUACAAGCUACGACUGAACGCAUCCAAAUGUUCAUUUGGGGUGGGAUCAGGAAAAUUCUUAGGCUAUAUGGUGACCCACAGAGGAAUAGAAGUUAACCCUGACCAAAUAAGAGCCAUUCAUAGCCUGCAGCCUCCUCGGAAUCCCAAAGAAGUCCAGAAGCUCACCGGCAUGAUAGCUACUUUAAAUCGUUUCAUCUCCCGCUCAGCGGACAGAUGUAGGCCUUUCUUCCUCCUAUUGCACAAGUGGAAGGGCUUCGAGUGGACUGAGGAGCGUGCUUUAGCUUUCCAACAGCUCAAGGAAUACCUCGCUCGACCACCGAUUAUGUCCACUCCUGAUGCCGACGAGGUGUUGUUCGCCUACAUCGCAGUAGCCUUUCAUGCGGUGAGCUUAGUGCUAAUCCGAGAAGACAAUGGCACGCAGCGACCCGUCUAUUACGUGAGCAAACCGCUGCAGGAGGCAAAGACCCGGUAUCUCCCCCUCGAAAAAGCUAUCUUGGCUGUCGUACAAGCAAUGCGGAAGCUCCCCCACUAUUUUCAGGCACAUACAGUAGUUGUGCUAACUCAACGUGGUCCGGGCCCCUUCGACAUCAGAUACAUGCCUCGCACUGCAGUAAAAGGCCAGGUCCUCGCCGAUCUAGUAGCUGAAUUUGCGGAGCCCACACUAGAAGAAAGGGAAGUGUCUGGAUCGCUAAGUGCUGAUGAGAAACUAAUCGGCACAGUCUCUCAGCAUGAACACAAUUGGUGGAAAGCACACAUCGAUGGUACAGCGAACCAAAGGGUCUUAGGGGUGGGGCUUGUUCUGAUCUCUCUCGAAGGGAUAACCAUAGAAAAGUCGUUGAGGCUCGGAUUCUCAGCCACGAACAACGAAGCCGAGUAUGAGGCGCUAUUGAAGGGAAUGUCGAUGAUCAGAAAAUUGGGUGGAAAAUUCGUAAACAUUUUCUCGGAUUCGAGACUCAUCGUGGGACAAGUAAACGGGGAGUUGGAGGCAAAGGAUGAAAGAAUGCAAGAGUACCUGGUCCGGGCUAAGCACCUGCAGACCCAUUUCUAUCACUUCCGUUUAAUGCAUGUACCCAAGAGCGGGAACACCCAUGCUGAUUCUCUCACAACGCUGGCCACCUCCUCGGCUCAGCCACUUCCUCGGGUUAUUUUAGUAGAGGAUCUCUACCCCCCAAUAACAAAGAAGGCUAACGGAACUUGGGUACACAACGUGAGGGCAGGACCUAGCUGGAUGGAUCCUCUGGUGCAGUUCUUAAAGCGCGACACCUUGCUAGACGAUAAGGUUGAGGCCGACAAAAUCAGGAGGAAAGCUUCUCGAUUCUGGUUGUCCGAGGACUCCAAACUUUAUAGACGCUCGUUCUCAGGGCCAUACCUGCUGUGUGUGCACCCAGAGGCUACUGAACUCAUCCUGGAGGAGUUACAUGAAGGAAUUUGCGGAAGUCAUACGGGGGGUAGGUCCCUGUCCCACAGGGCCAUAACGCCGGGUUACUGGUGGCUGAGCAUGCAUAAAGAGGCUCUGGAACAUGUGAAGAAGUGCGACCAGUGCCAAAGGUUUGGGACCCCGCACACCCUGAUCUCGGACAACGGCCUCCAGUUUGACAGCAAAGCCUUCAGAAGAUACUGUAAUGAGCUGGGAAUUAUCAAUCGAUACUCCAUACCGGCUUACCCACAGGGUAAUGGACAGGCAGAAGCCAUCAAUAAAACCAUAGUGAAUGGGCUGAAAAAGAGGUUAGACGACGCGAAAGGGAGGUGGGUUGAAGAGCUAGCCCAUGUCUUGUGGACAUACCGCACCACACCUCGCAGGUCCACGGGAGAAACCCCCUUUUCAAUGACCUAUGGAGCCGAGGCUGUCAUCCCACUGGAGAUAAACUUCCCAACACUGAGGACUACCGCCUUCAGCCCCAUUGCUAAUAACAAACUUCUGGAAAAAAGCUUGGACCUCAUCAAGGAAAGAAGGGAAAGUGCAAUAGUCCACCUAGCAUACUAUCAGCAAAAGCUCAAACAGGGUUACGACGCCAAGGUGAAGUCAAGACCAUUGGCGCCAGGGGAUCUAGUACUGAGGAAGGUCCUGGGCACCACGAGGAACCCUGCAUGGGGAAAACUCGGACCAAACUUGGAAGGCCCAUACCGUAUCACUUCCGUAGCCGGCAUAGGAGCCUACUUUUUGGAAGAUUUGGAUGAACAUGUAGUGCCACGUCCUUGGAAUUUAAUGGUAGAAUAG